AUUAUGAUAUCAGUAAUCCAAUUUCAAAGUAAAAUAACUAAAGUAAACAUUUUUAAUGCAUGUUCAUGCAUAUAGAUAUGUAUGUUAUGUUAUGGUAAGAAUGGGUUAUUUCAUUGAUCAUUUUUUAUUGACAGACUCGUACAUCCAGCACCUGACCCAGCAGACCUUCAGGUCCACUCUACAAGAUUCUCCCCCCCUGGCCAUCCACCAUCUCACCAAGAAGUCCAUCGCCAGCGGAAUCAAGAAGGUCUACCAGCAGGUCUCCACCCAGAAGUGGAAGAGGGUUACAGAGUUAUCUGUCCUUGUCCUCCAGCAGCUGGACUCCCCGGACGUCCAGCCAGAACCCCCCACCACCAGUGCAGGAAGGUCAACUGAGAUGGAUGAGAUGGCCCCCCUCACCACCCAGAGUUUCUGUGAGCUGUACCGUAGUGCCUGAUGUCCCUGUGUUCUGUGAUCAAGUGUCUGUGAUUUGUGAUUACUGAUGAAAUUUCUGUG